CUUCAAAGUCCUGUAUCUGCCAGGCUGUGAAUGCUACAAACUAUUGUGUCUGAAUCUUGCAGAGAUAUUUGUCCCAUCCUCAAGGACCCAGCUGCCCUUAAAGCAGUAAUUGACCUGUUUGAAGAACAUGUGAGGAACAAUCACCAGCACGUCGAUCUGAUUGUAGAUAAUACGUUUGUCUCUGUUGCAUCGUUGAGCUUGACCACAUUCAGAUUAAAAAUAGUGUUUGCUCUGUUCCUCCAGGCAGAAGCAGAGAUCCAGGAGGAUGCUGUGGCUCCAGGACAAAGGGUUCUGCUUGUUGAUGACCUCCUGGCUACUGGAGGGACGCUGUAUGCUGCCUCAGAGCUGAUGAGGAAACAGCAGGCCGAGGUUCUGGGCUGCAUGGUGGUCAUCGAACUCAAAGAGCUAAACGGCGUCGACAAACUCAAACUGCACAGAGUCUUCUCCCUGCUGCAGUACUGAGGACACUCGACCCAGAUAGUACCGUUUGCUAACAUUUUGGACAUCCACCAAGAAAACAAGAAAUCUCUGGAGUUUUGCUUAAUUUGACAGUAAUUUUGUUUACAGGGUGUAGCUGUGCCCCGUUAUUUUAUGGGAUGUUACUGGAAGUACAGCAUAUUCACUGCGUCCAGUGUCUGAGCAGCAUCCAAGUUUACUUUCCCCUCAGCUCAUUAGUGUCUGGGGCCCUGAGAUCAGGGAAGUCGUGAUGACUCUGCCACAGGAAGGCAGCUGCUAGUCACAAAACAUGAACAUUUAUGCCCACACUGAGGGAACACCUGUGUGUCAGUGUUGGAGAUGAUGUAAAUAAGAGUGUAGAUGAGACUGAAAUGACUAAGAAUACAAAAGAUGCAGGCGGUACAUGAACACAGCAGCCUCGUCAGCUGUAAUGACUGAAAAAAGAAACGUUCCACUGGAAAUGACCAAAACCAGCUUUACUGGGUGUAAGUUUACAAUAAAGUGUACAACACAUCUGUGUCAAAUCAUGUGACAUCUAAAAACAAACACUGGUUAUC